AUGUCGGAAAAGGAGCAGACCAUAGUCGACCCGAAAUAUGACGGUGGAAAUGGUAACGUCAGCGAUGGCGAUGCCGCCUUGCAGUUUCUCAACAAUGGCACUGCGACAGUCAUGACAGAGGCCGAUGAGAAGCGAUUGCUUAGGAAAAUAGACCGCACCAUCAUGCCUCUGAUGUUUGCGUGCUACUUUCUGCAAUACCUCGACAAGACCCUCAUCAACUACGCCAAUGUCAUGGGACUGCAAAAAGACACAGGCAUCAACACGGAUCAGUACUCACAGCUGGCCCUCAUCUUCUACGUCUCCUACCUAAUUUUCGAGUUCCCUACCGGCUACCUGAUGCAACGGCUCCCAACGUCCAAAUACCUCGGAUUCAACGUCUGCGCCUGGGGCAUGAUGGUCGCGUGCACCGCAGCCGCAAACAACUGGGCGGGACUAGUGACCUUGAGGGUCCUACUGGGGUGCUUCGAGGCCGUCGUGGCUCCCUCCCUGAUUCUCAUCACCACCAUGUGGUACCGCAAGUCGGAGCAGCCUCCCCGGGUUGGCUUGUGGUAUGUCGGUACGGGAAUUGGCAAGAUGGUGGGCGCCUUGACAUCGUUCGGGUUCCAGCACUACACGGGCAACGUCAUGCGGUCGUGGCAGAUCAUGUUCCUCGUGUUUGGACUGAUAACAGUCGCCGUCGGUAUCCUGGUCGUUUUCUUCAUGCCCGACAGCCCCAUGAAGUCGCGUUUGACCGAGGAAGAAAAGUUCUGGGCCAUCGAGCGGCUCAGAGGUAACAAAACAGGUGUGGAGAACAAGCAUCUCAAGAUGUACCAGGUGGUUGAGUGCUUUCGAGACCCGCAGACGUUUCUACUCGUCCUGAUUGUGCUUUCUUCAAACAUACCCAACGGCUUCAUCAGCAGCUACCAGGCCUCUGUCAUCCAAAGUUUCGGAUUUACUUCAAAACAGGCUGCCUUGCUGUCUAUACCCUCUGGCGCCGUUGCCUGCUUUGCUACAAUCACUGGAACCUGGUUCGCCGGUAGAUUUAAUCUCAGGGGCCCCUUCAUCCUUGCCACCCUCGGUAUGGGGUUUCUUGGCAGCAAUCUCAUGGCCUUUCUCCCCGAGGAUGGUUAUGUUGCGGGAAAAAUGAUCGGCAACUACUCGGCCAAUUUUAUCGGCUCCUCCCUACCUCUCAUGUACUCAUAUGCCGGGGCCAACUACGCCGGACACACCAAGAAGGUUACCAUGAACGCCAUUGUGCUGAUAUCAUUUUGUGUGGGCAACAUUAUCGGCCCCUUGACCUUCCGCGAUCAGGACAAGCCGCGCUUCAUCCCGGCUAAAAUCGCCAUGGUCGUGUCGACUGCGUUCGCCGCUCUGUUGACCGUCGUACUCAUGCUCUACUAUAUGUGGGAGAACAAGAAGCGGGACCAAAAGUACGCGCAUGAGGCCCACAGGGAAAACAGUGAGUUUUUCGACCUGACGGACCGCGAGAACCAUGAAUUCAGGAGUUCUCUAAUUUGCAGCCUCUCGACACAUUUGUUCCUGACCUAUUUACCAGACCUGUUUAUCGAGUCUCCCUCAUUGGCCAUGGACGUAUCCAGCCACACAGGAUCUGUCGCUGCGGAUGUCUCCAACUCAUCAGGCCUUGCUCCGCCAAAGAAGCAGACGAAGCUGGCCGCGAUUCUCAACCGCAUUUCGCCAUCCAAGAAAAUCUACCCGGCCAACACCCAGCAGGCCAGUGCGUCAGUCGAGUCCGUAGACACUAUCGAUGAGCUCAAGGAGCAGCAAGAAACAGAUCAGUCUGCUGGCAAGUCUCCUUCGCAUCCCACACACACCUUGUUAGCAGAGAAGGACAGGGUAGCAGCGCCCAGAAGGACACGAAAGACUGGGAUGGACAAGCUCUCCGCAGGCCUCGGGGGCUGGGUUCCCGAGAGACCUAAUGGUUCCGGUGUUGGCCCGUAUUGA